AUGGAGGCGCUGGCGGGGCAGACCAUAGGCACGGCGCCCAGCGGUCUCGGAGGGCGGCUUCACCCAGGCAUCGGCGUGGAGAUCGAGGCGAAGGCCGGCUACUGCGAGGGCGUCGUCGAGCUCGAAGGCCUGGUGCUAGACCUCAGGGCGAAGGUCAUCCAGCUCGCGGCGGAAGCCGCUCAACUCCGCAAAGACGUCAUCAUCGGCCAGGUAUGCGCCGUGCUGUCGAGGGCCGUCACGGAGAAGGGUGGCGACGAGGGCAUAGUGUUGUGCAGCGAGGUCAUGCAUGCGGGCGUUCCGCGGCCAAAAACAAGCAUUUAG